CUGGCCGGCGGGUUGAAAGUUGAAAGUUCAUCACCUGAAAACAGCAGACACGUGCUGAAAAGUCCGCUGACUCCUCUACUCGCCUUCUCUUUAGGCUUGAGAAGCAUCACCUUCUGCAGUGAUGGCUGCCAUCUACUCAGGUAUCCAUCUGAAACUGAAGAGUCCUCAGACACCAUGGGAGGACAAGUUGAAGCUGGCACGUUUUGCCUGGAUCUCCUCUCAGUGCCUGCUGCCCAACAAGGAGCAGGUCUUGUUGGACUGGUGCACCCAUGCCCUGACAGGGUGGUAUAAUCAAAAGGUUGGGUUCUCCCAAAAUGUAUUGGAUGGCCUGUGGUGUUACCUUGAUGAUCUGCUUCACAGCCGGAAACUUCACACUCCUCUCAAGCAGGGCAAGACCAUCAGCCUGAGGCUCAAUAUGGCACAGCUGCUGCUCGACCGACUUCAGGAGUGUUCACGUGCUGCAACUGGGCCUCCAAUGAGUGUAUCCACUCUACUGAGUGUGUGUCGGGGCGUUCUCUCCUCUCCUGCUCUCUCAUCUGUCUUUACCACCAAGUAUGAGCUCAUGGUCGAUUUGCUAGCCAAGCUCUGCUCCCUUGCUUGCCGUGAGCUACAACAGCCGGUGCUCACAGGAUCCUGUCAGCCUGUGACGGAGUGUCUUCAAACUCAGCAUGGUAGCGAUUUGGACACUUCUCAAACUGAGCUGAUCACUGAAAGUCCUCCACAUCACCCACAGUUAGAUUCUGAUAAGGCCCCUUCCAAGCAAAAGGACAAACACAGUUCAGCUAAUUUGUUUGAGGUGUUGCUCCAAGUGUUAUCGGGUUAUUUAUCAGUUCAGCGACAACAAGCCAAUCCCAACAGAGUCUUUUCUUUGGUAACCAACCAGCUGAUCCAGCCACUAGUGCUACUCAGACACCUGCUGACCUCUGGUGAACAUGCUCCUUCUCACACACAUCUGCGUCUCCGUCAGCAGCUGUGUAGAGACAUCCGUGUCAAGAUAGAGUCCAUCAUUCAGUUAGCUCUAUUCCCCUCUGAGCAUCUGACAUCCUACAAGGAGGAGCUUCUUCCAUCCAAAGAGGAUUCUGGGAAGCGUGGUCCUGGAGGGGCAAAAGGCCCCUUGAAACCGGUCAGUGCUAUACUUUGCAAACUGAGCGCCCAGGGCUAUUGUGAGCCAUCGCUACACUACUCAGUGAAGUCAAACACAUAUUCUCUGCUGUUUAAGUUCUUUCUUGAAAGCUAUGGAAAAGGCAGCAGAGAGAGUGAGGAAGAGCAGAGGAUGCUGUGUUUCUACUUUCUCACUAGAUUGGUCCCGGCCUUGGAUGUUGGUCUGGAUGGACACUCACUCUCAUCUGCCAAAGCUGAUCAGUCAGUCUCUGUGUCAACUGAGUCUCCCCCUGACUCUCCCUGUUCCCCAGAAAGCUGGAGCCUGGCCCUGCUGGCUGUAGAGUCCCUGCUGAGCCAGGCUCUGUCAGCUGAUAUUUACAACGUAGCAGCAGACAGGAUAAGACACAAAGAGGUGCAGCUCAACUUUUACAGAGCGCUGGGACAAAUGUUCUUCAAUCAAGCGCAGCCAAUCAUUCCAGCAUGGUACCGCUGUCUGAAAGUGCUAUUGAGUCUCAACCAUCUCAUUCUUGAACCAGACCUGGACCAGUUGUUGUCUUCAGCCUGGGUUAAUGCUGACUGCAUGGAAGCACGAGUGCAACGGGCCAGACAGCUCACGUUGUGUAGCCUACUCCAGACCUACACCAAGCUCCGCCAGUUGCCGCGUCUCUUCUCAGAGCUCCUGUCUGUGAUCUGUCAGCCAGCUCUGGACGACCUUCGACCCCCUCUGCUGUCUGAAGGGAUCUCCAGCUCCUUCAGGACCUGUCUUCUGGAUACACCUGCUUCCCAGGGUCUGGAGAUCUGCUCAUUAGUGUUGGAGAGCAUCAAGAAGUAUAUUCUACCUGACCUGGUGAAGGAGGACAGAGAAGCAGAGAAGAUGGAGAUUGAUGGAGUAGGAGAUGAUGAAGUAAAGGUGGACCAGGAGAGAGACUGUGCAUCCCUGAAGCUCUUCUCCCUAAGCCAGCUCCUUCAUGCUGUUUUAUUUAGCUUGAAGACUCUUGAUAAUGCCUCUCCUCUUCCUCUAGUCAGACAGAGUCAAGGCCUGAUGGAGGAGAUGCAGCGAGUAGUCAAGGACUUGCUGCAGCUGUUGUCAGCAGAAAAAGUUGAGUUCAGUUCAGUUCAGAGAACCCAGAGGAAAGGUAAAAAGAAUUCAGACCACAAAGAGUCUCAGAAGGCAUCAGACUCUGAAAUGAGGAAAAUGUGGGAGCAGAAGACACAAGAGGCUGCUCUCCUCCUCAGAUACACCUGGGUGGAAGUGGACACACUCUUUCAUAUUCACUGUAGCAAAUACACAUCUCUUGACUCAGCCCAGACUGCAGCUGGAAGUGAGAUUGAAGACCGAUCUCUCCUGACACGUAUAGAGGGCCUUCUAUCCUGUGAGGUAGAAGACUCUGUCGUCUCCCUCUCCUGCAGCCCCAUGAGCUGUUUGCUGCUCAAACUCCUCACUUUGCAACAGAUGAAGAAAGCCCUGUUAGAUACCCACUUAGUCGCAGAACAAAGCACAGCAGCACUGCUAAACAAGGCAGCCCUGUUUAUUUUAGCUAAAGAGGAGCUUGAGGUGAGUCUGGAUGGAGAGCAGGUGUGGGGCGGGCAGAUAGACAGUGUGAAUGCCAGCUCCUACCUCAUUGCUCACUGGUAUCUUCUCACGUCCAAUUUGCCUCUGCUUUCUCCCUACCUGAGUGGAGAAGAUGUAGGCUACGUAGCAAACGUACUUGUCGGAUCAUUGCUCAGCAGACAGACGGAGAGAGGCAAAGACGGCUGUCUGACUGUCUCCCUUUUAUCUUCACAGCUUCUCCAAAGCUCCAUUCUGCCUGAGUUGCCCUCACUGUUCUCUGCCACAGUUUGUUCCCUCACACAAAGGAUUUUUAGUGUUCUUGUGGCAGCACAUACACCCAAGGUGUGUCCUACGCUCUUGGCAUUUCAGGAAGCAGUUAAAGGGCAAGGACAGGGUCAACCUUUGUCCACACUGGUGAAAAAAGAGACUAUAGUUGAGGAUAUAUUGACAUCCUCUAAGACUGGAGAGGUGUCGGUAUUGCUGACCGACAAACAGACCAAGGAGCUGGUAAACCUACUCCAAAUCUUAACAAACCUAAACCCAGAUGGGAUGAGCUCUGAGGAUCUCACAUCCAUUUUCCUCCUCCUUCUCUUCAUGCUCUCUUCCACCUCCUGUCAUUCGGACCAGACGACCGUAGAUCCGCCUGCCUCUGGAGAUGUUGUUGUAUUCCCGGAGAAGCUGCUCAUAAUUCUUGCUCGUCUUCUGGAGGGUAAAAACUUCCAAGGCGUUUUGAAGCUCAUCCAUGGCGGCACUCUGCUGCAGGCUGUGGUGUCCUCUCUCCUCUGGCAUAGCCACAGUGGAAGAUUUGUUUCCACAAGUAGCUCUGAUUGGUUGGAUUUGAUCAAAGCAGUACAGGGCUUCAUUGGAUCGUUGGUUCAGUUGAUUAUAGUCAGAAACAGCAGCGUUCGCCUCAAUCUGGAGCAGUUUGCCUCUUAUCUUACCAGCAAGGAAGUGGCAAGCAGGCCAGUUGUGGCAUCUGUUGCAGAACCAGAUCCUGGAGCGUCUGUUCAGUCCAUUCCUCUUCUGCUGACAUCAUUGACCUCUUUCUCACAGACAAUGACUUCUCACCUGGGAAGAAGCAAAACAAUGGAUCAAACUUUGAUUCAGAUGCUUGCAAGAACAACUGCUUCACUGGGACCAGCUGUUGAGUCCGUCCUCAAGAUGCAGAUUGUCGGUCAGCCAGCCAGCAUCCUCAGUCAAGCUUUCGUUGUGGAAGUUGUUACCGUCAUGCUGAACUGUGAACUGUCUGCACUGUCGGUGGAAGAGGAGAAGAAGCAGAGCGGCACCCAGCUGACCCUGGGUCACAUCACCCUCUAUCGAGGUUUCUGCCAGCAAAUCCAUAAAGAAAUCAGCUCUGCCCCCAGACCCAUGGACUUCCUGGUUGCAUCUCUCCAUUUCCUGUCAGCUUUCUACCAAGCAGUGCAGAGGACAGGACAAGAGAGGGAGGAGGAGCGAGAAGAGGAGAAGAAGGGAGGAAAUGAAUUGGAUGAGCUGUACAUUCAAACACUGCAGAAUGUGCACAGGUUGCUGACAGCUCCUUGGCUGUCUGCAACUGAUUUAUGUGAGCUGGAGCCGCCUGUGCAGGAGCUGCUGCGCUACCUGGUGGAGAAAAGCACCACAAGUCAGUUCAACCUGCUGCUGCUGAUGAUCAGAGAAGGGCUGGACACUGGCAAGCUGCGGGCUGGAAACUACAGGGAGGUGCUAUCUGCAGUAAUCAUCAUUAAGCUGCUUUCCUGUUGUCAGUUACCUGAACCCUGCUCUAAAGCUCUGUGGCUCAUUGCACCACAGAUCAUAUCUGCUAUGGUGUUUCUAGUAAGAUCAUCCAGUCACGACAUCUCUCUGACCCUUCCCUUUACCAUCCCUGUGGUAAUGUCAAUGACAUCACUGCUGCGUCAAGGAGAGGGCCUCUUCAACAACCCUCAUCAUGUGAUCUUGAUCCUUGGGGCGCUUCAGUCAGUGCCUCUUGACCACUUAACCCCAGUCGUCUACCAGUCAGCAUUUCUGGCCGUUCAUGAGGCACUGUUUGCCAUCAUCCAGUGUCAUCCUCAGGUGAUGCUGAAUGCAGCUCCGUCAUUCUUGAAUGUCUUUCAUCGUCUGCUAACAUCCGUCAUGCAUGAGGGUCGGCAGAGAGGAGAUAGUGACACAGGUCCAGACAGUGAAGUGUAUCUGCAGUGCUCCAGACUGAUUGAAAGGAUGUACUCUCACAUUGCUGCUGUUGCUGAGAGCUUCACCACACUGUCGGCCUUCAUGGUGGCCGAGUACGUCACAGAGUUGCAGAAGGUUACUCUGCGACCAGACAUUAAGCUGCAUCUGACGGAGGGGAUCUACCGCAUACUGGACCUUUGUAUGGAGCAGGAUAUCAAGUUUCUGACGGCUGGGUUGCAGAUGGGCGUCAGAGAAGUGUUCAAUGAGCUCUACGGCAGCUACACCCAUUACCACAAAGCCCAGAGGCAAGGAGAGGACAAGUACACAGUUUGAACCUUCAGUUUAGAUGCCAAUUAAAUUAAAAUAGAAUUAAGUGUAUGGUAAUAUGUAAUUUCUUCUUUUUGUGGAUAAGUGUAAACACAGCUCUCACUGCGAAAGCUCACAGUAGAUUUGUUUUUGCUCUUUGGAGACAGUUUAAAAAAAAUAAAAAAUAAAUAAAUUGGACAUCAUGGUUGCCUUGAAUUCUGCACCUGAACACAACAAUCAACAUAAACUUUCUGAGAAAAAAACAUCUGGCAUCACAGGUGCAUGCCAAAUAUCUUCUGUUCUUUACAUAUUUAAACAAAUCCAAUACAAAUAGUUAAAUGUAAGCUUGUAAAUCAGUUGCUCUAAAAUGGCCUGAGGGGGGUUGUAACUACACCCACAUUAAACAACUCAAUUUCAUUUCCUGAUGUAACAGAUUAUUACUUGUUGUCUGCACAAUUAUUUAUAUUUGGACCACUUAGGUUGCACAUAAACUUUCAGCUUGUACCUGACUAGAGGAGCAGUCGCUGACGGUCGGAGGAAAUCCACACUGAUGGGCAUGACAGGAAGUGGUCACUGUAUUUUUAAAGCACUGAGGUUAAAGGUGCUUCCUCAGCAGACUCACCUCAUUUACCUUGUUGAAGAAGCCCAUUUCAGUGACGAAUGAUCAUUUUAUUGAACUGUUAAAAAAACAUGGAGUUAUGUGUAAAUUGUACUUUGUCUUAUCUAA